UGCCGGGCAGCGGCGGGCGGGGCGCUCCGCGAGCGGCGGCGGCGGCGGCGGAACCCGGAAGCGGCGGCGGGUUCCGGUCGGUCCCGGCCGGUCCCGAGCCCCACAGCCGCUCCCGGCGGCGCGUCCCCACCUCGCCGGCUCCGGCAGCGGCUUUCCCAGGGUCUCUGUCCCGGUGGGUUCCGUUCCCAGCGGGCCCCGGGCAUGGCGGGCCGCGGGAAGCUGAUCGCGGUGAUGGGCGACGAGGACACGGUGACCGGGUUUCUGCUGGGCGGCAUCGGGGAGCUGGACAAGCACCGGCGGCCCAACUUCUUGGUGGUGGAGAAGGAAACAAGCCUGGCGGAGAUCGAGGAGACGUUCCGGGGUUUCCUGGCGCGGGAGGACGUGGGCAUGAUCCUGAUCUCGCAGGCGCUGGCGGAGCAGAUCCGGCCGGCGGUCGCAGCCCACGCCCGGGCGCUGCCCGCGGUGCUCGAGAUCCCCUCCAAGGACCACCCCUACGACCCGGCCCGGGACUCGGUGCUGCGCCGCGCCCGGGGGCUCUUCGCACCCGAUGAGCUGCGAUAGAGCCCCCAGGAGCCCCCGCCCCUCCCCAAAUCCCCCCAAAUCCCCCUCUAAGCUCCCCCAAGCAGUUCCCCAAUACCCCCCGUGUGUGCAAGCCCAAACUGUCCCCAGCGCCCGUGGCCUCUUUGCGCCCCCCAUGGGCGACGGGCACCCCCAGACAGUCCCCGGCACCUUCCCAGCCACCCCAAACAGUCCUCCACCACUCCCCCAGCUUCUUCACCCUCAAACAUCUGUAGCCCUCUCGGGUACCCCAGAUCAGCCCCAGGCAUCCCAUGGGGUCAUAAGCCAGGCCUGGGGGUCUCCACCCCAGGGAAACCCACCCAGGGGCCUCCAGCCCACCUGGGGCUGUUGUGCCCCAUGCUUGGGGGUCCCCAGCCCAUCCCAGGCUGCUUCUGGGGGGUCCCUGGCAUUCCCA